AUUAAACCUGUAUAUUGACAGUAAACGUUUUUCUUGAUAUACAGUCCUGUGCAAACAUUUUUCUUAUCCAUCAUACAAUACCGUCAGGUAGGAGUCUGAUCAGUCCCAAAUUAAUUCUGUAACAGGACAACAAGCCCAAACACAGACAGAGUCUUAAAGAGCUAUCUUCAGAGACAAGAAGAAGGGGUCUUGCUACAGAUGGUCAGGCCCCCCAUAGAGUCCUGAUCUCCACACGGAAUCAGUCUGGGAUUGUUUAUUUAUAAUUAAUUCAUGAAUACUGUUAAUAAGAGAAAAACACACCGUGUGUUUUUGUUUCCUGUUAAGUAAACUAAAAUAUUUGGAGCAAACCGUACAUCACACUGAAACAAGUCGGUUGCCACGCAACGGAAUAACGCGGCAGACAUGGCGGAGAGCAAGCAGAGUGCAGAGACCACAGAUGUCCAGAAGAAGAUCAGAGCAGCCUUUGAAGCGUUUGACUAUGAGCUUAACAACACAGUGAAUGUCCGAGAGAUUGGCACCAUCAUCUAUUCCCUGGGUUGCUUCCCCUCUCAGAAAGACCUACAUGACUUUAUAGCUAAGGUGGAAGAGGACCACACAGAAUGUAUCCAUCUGGACAAGUUCCUCCCAGCCAUGACCAAAGUGCUGCUGGAGCACAAGUUUCCUCCCAUUCCUGAGGACACUCUGCUUCAGGCCUUUGAGGUUCUGGACAAAGAAAAGAAAGGAUACCUGGAGCCCGAGGAGCUGACAAAGUACAUGACACAGGAAGGUGAGUCCUUCACUCAGGAGGAGAUGGAUGAGAUGCUGACAGCACUCGCUGACCGUGAGAAGAACUGCAUCUAUUACAAAGACAUAAUCAGCCAGCUGACCAUUGACCCUGACAAGUAGAAGGUGUCACAGUACAUGCGUGUCAGCGUAAUUCUUGACACAUAUUACAAAAAAAAGUUUGUGUGUGUUUGGUGUUUGUGUUCAUGCUAUAAUUAAUAAAUGUGACUUUCAGACUUG